UUAAAAUUAUGGCGUUGUGUAAGGUUGAAGUUUUCACCAGUUGACACUUUGAACAAGGGAACUCUCCAAACGUUAUCUUUGGCGAAGAUUUUAGUUCCGAAUAUCAACUUACAAAGUUGCUAACGAGUAAACUAUUUGUUAACCAUUGUGUCUGCUGCUUCAAUGACAUCAUUAGUUCAUGGUACUACGAUGACGUCAUGCACCCACUUUACACGUUAACUUGUCUUAUAUGGAAAGAUACAACAGACUGUCCACUAGUCUUCUCUCGACGACCUCCAAUUCAUCAGGAUAGCGAUCAAAAAUCCUUGUCAGUUUGUCUCCCUCAGCACACAGAACAUCGGAUAAUCGUGGUCAUGGCUCGGACAAAGGUUUUAGUUAUUGUGCUAAUUUUGGCCUUGACAGAAAACUACACAGAUUGUUCGACGCAUAUGACUAUGGAGGAAGUGGCGGAAUUACAUUUCUGCGAAGAAAAGGCGACAUAUCAGGAUACCACUCUUGCCAAGUUCGUGAAACGUUGUUCUCCAAAAGCCUGGCGAGACUUUUUUACGCACAAAAGAGUUUCAGAAGCUAUUGAAAGAGCAGAUGAUGCAAUAAGAUACGCAAAGAAAGAGAUUGAUGCAAUUCAAGCAAAACAACCAAAAUUACUCAGGUACAGGUAUCACAUAGAACCACCAAUGCAACUCAUGCUUGAGGCCUUCAAUAGGGUCAGUCCAGAGAACAUCAAAGUGGUUAUUUUGGGUCAGGAUCCUACUCCACAAGAAGGAAAAGCUACAGGCAGGGCUUUUAGUGUUGAAGACCCGCGCACAGUUGGGUCAGUAAUGAACGUAUUGCUAGAGGUAGCCCUAGAGGGAUGGAGUGUAGAUCUAUCAAACGGCGAUCUGAGUAAGUGGGAGAAUCAAGGUGUUCUGCUGUUGAAUUCGGCAUUGACGAUUGGAGAAAUUGAAUAUAUAGAUGAAAAUGAUAAUGGUAAAAUUAAAAGAAAACAGGUAUCUCAUUUAGGUUAUUGGUGUGAAUUUACAAAGUUGCUCAUAAGAUACAUUAGCUAUGACCUUGCCGAACCAUCUGUUUGGAUUCUCUGGGGAAACGUUGCCCAAGAUUUCACUGUUGACAGAGUGUUUGACACGUUCAGUAAAUGUUAUAACCCCACUCAGGCCAGUACGACUGACAUAACAAAGGAACAAAGCCUUAUCAGUAGACCCAAAAACUACGUCCUGAUGGGAGGCCACCCCUCACCCUUGAGUAGUGCUGGCGGAAUGAAUACAUUCUUUGCUGGCCAUUACUUUCAUUGCGUCAACCUAUUUCUUUAUGAAAAGAGGCAUGGUGCCUACAUAAAGUGGGGACUGGUCGAUGGUCAUAGUGAAAAACUUAACGUAGGUAGCCUUUUUUAUCCAUGUCCAGAAUUUCAUUAAUCAUCAUGGCUAUAGAAUCUGCUGUCGUAACUUCUAUGGGUUGACAUUCAAUUCUUGAGUGACAUGCAUGACUGGUGAUUUAUGAAAACGUAUUUAAUGAAAAGACACAAUGCUUAUUUGCCUCAUGCGAAGCAUCCAGUUGAGCAAUAUGAUCAUACUAAAUAUCAAAUGCACGCGCACGUCAUAUUUGAACUGUUUUCAAAGCAAUUCCGUUGAGGAAAAAAAAAAAUGAACACGUUAUCUACCGGCAGUUUUUCCUAAUACGGACCUCCCGGCCGGCAAAUAACGUAUAUUUACGAGUAAUGUUGCAUUUCUUAGUUUCGACAUUUAAACACCUCGCCCUUUCAGGGUACGUGAAUAUUAAAAUCGAUAAACUUUACACAUAAGAGAGUGUCUGGUUAUCCAUCUAUCGAUCUCAGUAAAAUUCCUUUUGAAUAACAACUGCGGUUAAGGCUGACAUCAGCUUUGAACCGGAAAGUUGUUCCAUAGUCAAUUAUGUGUGUUAAUCAAGCUCUAUAAACGUGCACGCCGAGGCAUUUUUUUUUUUAGAAACAGAACUGACAAGUGUGAAAAUCGUAGGCGUACGAGCUGGAGGAGGC